AUGCAGCCGCGGAUUCAUGUCGACACUCGAUAUAUUCCCUCGGCGGAACCUUCGGUUCCCGCUCUUGCCGUCCAGACGACUCGCCUGGUGGACACAUACAUGCUCUGGGUGGGCACCACGGAUUCGGAUCCGGAGAACGUUCGGAAUGCACCUCUGCAGGGCAGUCUCUCGAAGGACUGGGCAUGCGCCAUGCCGACGAGAGAAACGCUAGGCACCCCAGCGGCGGGAACGUCGCUCUACAGGUCCUCGGCGUCGGAUGCGGCUUUGACGAUGGCACAGCGUCUCGCCCGCCGUUUCAAGAAGCAGAUCUUUUUGUCCAUUGAUGUGCCGCCUUCGCUUGGGUCCAUGGGCCAGGAGGGGAAGCUGUUGCUGGCGGUCGAGCGGGCAGUCGUCGAGACCCUGCGGUCGCACGAGGCGCAGGGGGGCACGCAGUAG